GGAGGGAAGAGAAGGUGGGGGAUUUUGAGUUGCGCGUGAAGUGGCACCUACGGACCACGUGAAGUGGCAAAGGUGAGAGGACAUUAUCUAUCCACUGACUUCUCAAAUCUCAUAAUAUGGUUCUAAAGAGAGGUUAGCUUUUAGCUCGAAAGCUGUUAAGAAAAAAAGGUGUUGGAUUACGGGCAAUAAAUUGCUGUUGUUGGAUGGUGGUUCUUUAAUCACUCGCACCAUCUUUACUCUCUGCCUUCUCUCUCCCCCACCCCUCGGCUAAGCUCAUUAUUCAACCCUCAUGCCUGUAAGGUAGAGCGCUGGGGAGCAGGCGAACUAAAAUGAAGUGAAAAGGAUGGAAUUGCUGCUCUAUUGUUCCUUUAUAGAACUGAACAUGUCGUUCUCAAGCUUUAUCUAGUCCCAUUCGCGGAGGCCUAGCUAGGGUUAUCAUCAAGUGCAACAAGCUCAAAGUAUCCAACCAAUAUGUUUCCUUCGAACCCUUUUACCUUUGAUAGCAACCAAAGCACCACGCAACAAAGCCUUCCUCCUCCUCCUCCUCCUCCUCCUUUCUCCUUUCUUCCCUUCCCUCCGCCUUCCUUUGAAGACAACGAUAUCUUCCUCGCUCAACAACCAAACCACCAUCAUGACUACCUCUUAUUACUUCACCAUCAAUCACAACCUCUAGCUGAAGCAGCUAGUGCCAGCAUGGAGGUUUCGAACAAGAAUGAGCAGAUCCCUGGAAGGAAUAAGAGGAUUUGCAAGAGAGACAGGCACAGCAAGAUCAAGACGGCUAGAGGGCUAAGAGAUCGGAGAAUGAGACUUUCUCUGGAAGUAGCCAAGAGGUUCUUUGGUCUUCAAGACAUUCUAGGCUUUGACAAGGCCAGCAAAACCGUUGAGUGGCUGCUGAAUCAGUGUAAAGACGAGAUCAAACAGCUAGCAAUGGACAAGAAUUACAAUAAUUGUGGUGUCAACGGGGUGAGGAGUGCAUCUUCAACUUCAGAGUGUGAGGGGGUGUCAGGAUUGGAUGAUGUGGCAUUAAGUGGAAUGAAUCAAGAGCAAGAGAGAACGUUCCUUACUGGUGAAGAGAAGGACAAAAAUACAAGAAAGAAUGCACUAGUGGAUCCUCUAGUCGCAAGGAAGUCGAGGGAAAAGGCUAGAGAGAGGGCAAGAGAGAGGACCAAGCAGAUGAAAAGUCGGAAAUUACUUCCAGAAGCUGAUGACACAAACCAUAAUUGUAACCUCACCCAAUUCGGUUCUUGGAAUCCCUUUGAAACAGGAGAAAAGGUGAGUAAUCCCUCCUUGGAGGUGAUGGCUCAGGCUGCUGAAAAAGAACGAAGUUCUCAGGCAAAAGAUGAUGAUUCCAUGGUGGUUAGUAUGGGCAAAUGGAGCCCAUCCUUGAUAUUCAACUCAUUGAAUACUCCAUCUACAUUCGUACAAGAUCAGCAUCAGUUUGUGGAAUUUCAGUCCUUGGCAAAACUUUGGGAGGCCAACAACAAUCACAUGAUCUAACGUAUGAUAAAUUGGUUCAUCCCCUUGCAUAUCUAUCUUUGAUGUGUCAAUUGAUCCAUAUUUAAAAUGCAAGCAUGAUGUAUUUUCUUUAAUUUCUUUCCUUCUGGUAUGUAAUGUAAUAAGGCUUCUUCCAUUUGCUAACAUCUGAAAACAAUAUCUGGUAAAUGAAUGUAUGUCAUCUCUGUGGAAUUAAUAAUGUAACUUUUAAUUUCUUGUUUC